GGCUCAGCUUGGUCUAUGUGCAUUCAGGGUUGGACUUAUAUUUUCGAGGGGGAUAGUUGUCUGUCUGAGCUUUAUUCUGCUGACAGGGUAAAAGAAUUGCUUGCGCAAGGUGUCUCUCAAAGCCAAUAUCAUGAAAAGACACCAGAACAGGAGAGAAUGGAAAGGAGGCGUCAAAUGCCAUAUCAUAUGCACAUAAAUCUUGAGCUGCUCGAAUCUGUCCAUCUUAUAUGUGCAAUGCUGUUGGAAGUUCCAAACAUGGCAGCCAAUAGCCAUGACGGAAAGCGCAAAGUCAUAAGCAAGACUUUCCGGAGACUGCUAGAGAUGAGCGAAAGGCAAACAUUCACUGGGCCUCCUGAAAAUGUUAGGGACCAUAUAAUGGCAGCUACAAGAGCCCUGCGCCAGGGAGAUUUCAAAAAGGCCUUUGACAUUAUUAACUCCCUUGACAUUUGGAGGCUGCUUCGGAAUAAAGACAAUGUUCUUGAAAUGGUUAGGGCGAAAAUCAAGGAAGAGGCUUUGAGGACUUAUCUUUUCACUUACUCUUCCUCUUAUAACUCGCUUAGCCUGGAUCUGCUUGCCAAGAUGUUUGAACUUUCUGAUUCCCAAACUCAUGAUCACUGA